UUAAGUUUCCUUUCGUAAAAGAUGAGUGUUUUUGCUGAAUAGUUUUAAAUAUAUUUUCUUCCAAGGUGUGGAAUGUUCCCAAAAAGAAUCCGUUGAGUUUCAAGGUGGUGUGUAAUGAGGUAACACCGCAUUAUGGGUAGGUGGAUGGUUCCACUUGCCUUACUCCUCCUUCCUAUUCUGACGAGUUCCAGUCCGACGUUCAGCAAAUCUUCAUACAAUGCCACGAUAUACGAGAACUCCCGUGGCAAGACGUACGUGAUGUGCCCUGACAAGAUGGGCAUCGAGCUGAAGGGCGAGGAACCUGUCGACGUCAGAUACAAAAUUGUCGGAGGAGACAGGGACAGAUUUUUUAAAGCUGAAGAAAAAGUCGUCGGUAAUUUCGCCUUCUUAAUGGUGAGGAUAAGGACCGGGAACACGGACGUGUUGAAUAGAGAGAGAAAGGAUAAAUAUACACUCCGUAUAAAGGCCACUCUUACCAAAAGAGGCGUCAAACCGGUCGACGUCGAGACCAUUUUGUACGUAGCUAUAUUAGAUAGAAACGAUUUGAAUCCCCUUUUUUAUCCUAAUACUUACGAUAUCGUCGUUCCGGAAGACGCCAACUUACACGAGAGCAUAAUAAAAGUGAACGCCGAAGACGCGGAUUUAGGGAAAAACGGCCAGCUCUAUUUUUAUUUCAAAGAUAAAACGGAACAAUUUUCUAUUCAGCCCAUGUCGGGUAUUAUAACCCUGACUAGAAAGCUGAGGUAUGCUGAAAAAUCAGUCCACCACUUGACGGUGGUGGCGAAAGAUCGAGGAGGCGGUAAGCCCAGUUUCGGGAAAGUGAUUGUCAGAGUGAAGCAGGUGAACCUCUUCGGCCCCGACAUCUACGUCCACACUCUUCCCUCGAUCGUAGAAAACGCCAGAACCAGUAUUUACGCCAUUGUGCGCGUUCUAGACCAAGACGAAGGCGUCCACGGGCAGAUCAAAGCUCUCGAGAUAGUCGACGGCGAUCCGGAUGGAAAUUUUUUCAUAAGACCGAUCAAAAACGAUAAAAAAACAGGGUACGAAUACAAUAUAGAAUUAAUGCACAUGCUCGACAGGGAGAGCGCGCCGAAAGGGUACAACCUGACUUUGAGGGCAGUGGAUAACGGCUCCCCCGCCAGGUACACUUACAAAAGCGUCCCCGUCGUAAUUUCCGACAUGAACGACAACCCUCCUAUAUUCGAUAGAGACUUCUACGAGGUGGAUAUUUCGGAAAACACACCCCCAAAUUCUCCUAUCGUCAGGGCUAAAAUCACAGACAUUGAUUUAGGAGAAAAUGGAAUGGCCAAUUUUGAAAUCCUGUCCAACGAGGCUGACGGAAAAUUCACGAUAAACCCUACUACAGGGAUGAUUUAUACUGACAGUUGGUUGGACGCGGAAAAAAAGAGCGUCUACACGUUGACUGUUUCUGCUACGGAUAGGGCGUACAUCGGAGCUAGAAAACAGUCGUACGUCACGGUAAAAAUAAACGUCAUCGACGCCAACGACAACGACCCCGUUUUCGAAUCGUCCGAGGUGACGCUUUAUGUCAAUGAGAACGAACCCGCCGGUACUUCUGUCGCUAUCAUCACGGCAAAAGACGACGACAGCGGUGAGAACUCCUACAUAUCUUACAGCAUCGCCAACCUUAAAACUGUCCCGUUCGAAAUCGACCAUUUUUCCGGUCUUGUUAAAACUACCCAUGUGCUCGAUUACGAAUCGUCGAAGCGAAACUUCAUUUUAAAGAUAAGAGCGUCUGACUGGGGACUUCCGUACAGAAGACAAACGGAAAUGCAGCUGAAAAUAAUAGUGCGCGACGUGAACGACAACAGGCCGCAAUUCGAAAAGGUCGAUUGUUUAGGUCAUGUACCGAAAACUGUCCCGAUCGGUACCGAACUUUUGACCUUGUCCGCUAUCGAUUUCGACGCCGGAAGUAUAAUAAGCUACAGGAUGCUAACGGGAAAUGAAGACGACUGUUUCUAUUUAGACGCGGCGACGGGCAUUCUGACAUCGACUUGCGAUUUGUCAGAUCUCAAAGUGAACAAAAGAGACUUAAACGUGACAGCUACCGACACAGUUCAUUUCGCGGACACGUCGACCAUAACUAUAAAACUAAUGCCUGUCAAAAAGAAUCUCAGUUUAGAUCCAAAAUUAUGGUUCAAAUGUCAGGACACUGGAGUCGCGAGAAGACUGACCGAAGUGCUCGCCUCAGCUGAGAAGAACAACGUGGACAUCGAAGAAUUCGCCAUGAUGCCGAGCAGGUACGGUCAAAACGCCCAUAACCCCGAGUUUAUAGAUUUUCCCGUACAAGUGGUCGUUAACGAAUCCGUUCCGAUCGGAACUACCCUUAUCAACAUAAAAGCCAACGACAGAGAUCUUGGGUAUAACGGAAAAUUAAUAUUUGGCAUAAGUUCCGGUGACACCGAUUCAGUUUUCAGAAUCGACCCGGAUACAGGUGAUCUCAAAAUUGUCGGGUUCUUGGACAGAGAACGCGAAGAGGAAUACCUUUUGAACAUAACCGUCUACGAUUUAGGAAAACAUAAAAAAAGCACUUCUAGAUUCUUACCUGUGACUGUUUUGGAUAUAAACGAUAACCCGCCCAAAUUUGAAAAAUCCAUCGCUAGCUUUCGUGUAACGGAAAAUGCCAUCAACAAUACUGCAAUCUACACGGUAAAUGCGACAGACGUCGAUCUCGGGGAAAAUUCCAGAAUUUCCUUUUCCAUAAUAAGCGAUUCGAAAGGGUUCAGAAUCGAUCCUAAAACGGGCGUUUUAUACGUCGAUGGAGUUUUAGAUAGAGAGGAAAUGAAUUACCACGAGGUUACAAUACGUGCAACAGACUGCGCAGGGACGCACCGUAGAGAUGCUCUUUUUUCAGACUCCUUGGUCAAAAUAUACGUGGACGAUAUUAACGACAACGUGCCAAAAUUUUCUGGUGACAAAUUUAAAGUAAAGCUACCUGAAGACGUACCCGUCGGUGUCGUGGUGGCGAUAAUUUCCGCGACGGACCCCGACCUUGGAGAAGGAGGUGUUAUCAACUAUUCAUUUCCAGACGAUUCCGACACUUUUGAGAUAGACAAUUUGACCGGGACGGUCAGAACGACGAAAUCCCUCGAUUACGAAUUCAUCCAGUCUUAUACGUUAACAGUCCAGGCAGAGGACAACGGAGUCCCAUCGCUCACUUCCACAACUGUUCUCACGGUCGACAUUUUAGACGUUAACGAAAACGACCACGCGCCUGUUUUUGCGGAUGCGGUCGUCUCGGCAAAAGUGCUGGAAGAACAACCUGUCAACACCCUCGUAACAACUGUUCGGGCAACCGACGCAGACCCACCAGGAAGGGACUCGGACUUGUCCUACAGGAUUAUCAGCGGCGACGGGAUUGGCUACUUCUGGAUUGACAAUCAAGAUUCUUGGCGUAGAAUUACUCUUCCUCUGGUCAGUCUGUCUGCCAACAAUGAAUGAACAUCAUUUGAGUUUAAUUCGGGCGAAGAGCAGAAAAUUUUUCAACGGUAAACAUCCUUCUCUCAAUCUAAUUUAAUGUUGGAAAUGCCAGUGACUUGCAGUCCCUGGUAGGAAGAACGAGCGUUAAAAUACCACUCUACCUCAUUUAUUU